AUGGCGACGACUGUUUCAUCGCCGGACGGCUUCUUCAUCAAGAGACUAAGCUCUCACACGUAUCUCGUGAAUCUCAACCACGACUAUCACGCAGACCCAGCCGCCUCAAAUGCAGGCUACAUAGCCUCAAGUUUCCUCGAGGUCUCGAGAAUUCACUUCAGCACAACCUUGGCGGCCUACCAUCAACCGCACACGGUAUCUGUCCAGCUCAACUUCCUCCGGCCUGUCCAUGGCGACCUGGCCAUCUUCAGAAUCAAAGAUGUCAAGCUGGGCGGCCAGAUAUCCGUGGUACAGGUCGUCCUAAUCCAGUACUACGGCGACCUGUUCGAACCCCUGACGACACUUGAUCCCGGCCGGAUCGGAGAGGAGAUCGCCACUGGCUAUAUGACCAACGCCAACACCGCAACUUUCAAGGGGCCGAUCACGAACGGCCCUCUUGAGCUUCAACCUGCACCAAGUCCCGUUGAUCUGGAGCGUCUGAGAAGGGACAUAGACGAACUGUGGAAAUUCCAAGGGUCGAUGACCUCGAAGGGAACAGAUGACUCCAUUGACUUUUUCUUCGAAAGGCGUGCCUCGCCGUAUCGGCAACAGGUGCUGGACCAGUGGAUACGGUUUUCCGAUCGAGAGCCAUUCUCAAACACAUCUCUAGGUAUCGUUACUGACCUAUGCGUGCCGAAGUUCGACUUCCAGGGCCGAGCUGUAAGUCUCAACGGGGGCACGGUAGAAGGCGACGGCCACUCGGCAGCGCCCUUGGCCUACCAUACCACGACACUGGUGCUCAACAUGGACAUCAAGAAAACCCUACCAGCGAGGGGCGCCGACUUCCUCUUUGUUCGAGUGCACGGCGGCAAACUGUAUGUAAAGAUGAAACGAGACAUCCCCGCCUCAGGACGCGACGCCGCCCGUCUCGCAGCGAAGAUGUCGUCCGCUUCCAGCAGGUCGUGGAAGCCGAACCGGAGCGUCAAUCGAGUCCGGGAUGCAGACCGGAGAUCGCGCGCCGGCUCGAGGGCCUUCCAGGGCGUCGUCAGCUACGAGGAUGCGUACAGCUUCGCCCUGCGCAUCGCCUUCCUGCACUACCUGCUGCAGCCCAAGAAGAGACGAAAGGAGUACAUCACGACCCCGAAAGCGCCGCAGCGUGCCCACACCUCGAACAUAACCGAUUUGAUGAAGGAGUUCAUCCCGACCGGCUCGAGCAGCAGCCUGAGCAUCAAGCUGCCGCACAGCUUCCGUAGCUCUCUGGAGAAGCGAAUGCAGGGCGUGCUCGUGGGCACAGAGCGCUUGCCGGGGUUCAACGAUGCGGCUGUGAAGCGAACGUUUGGGGAGGCAUACACGGCUUUCACAGACUCGAACUUCCGGAAGACCAUCGACAAGGAUCGCAAGCUUGAGCCGCUUGUGCUUAUCUUCUACUCGUCUGCCACGAAAGCCCAGAGUCGGGGCAAGGCGCCAGACGAUCUGGGUUGGAAGGUCCUCGUGGACAGGCACCUCGCAUUGUUUGUGAGGCUCAUAACAAAUGUCCUCAGAGACCAUGGAGGUGACCGGGACAAACCUGAGCUCAUGAGCCGCCUAAACACGCUGGAGCAGAAACUCUUACGAAAUGAUCAAGACCUCUUCAUUGACACGGGUCAAGAUACCGAACAUAAGACGAUAGAAGUCGAGGUUCCUUUGACAUAUGAUGUUAAAGACAUGCCGAUGGUGCAGAUUGUCGCCAAGAUCUUCGGGCGUUUCAACUCGCAGGUGCAAGCCGAGAUCGAUGUGAACCGCAACCUGUGGACGGAGGAAGCAGCGCUCAAGGACUUAAAAGCCUAUCAACAUCGUCUGGACUCGAAUAUGGCUGGAGCGUUGCGGCGGCAAGACUUUGAUGUUGACGAAGCAUUUGAGGAGUGGAGACGUGGCGAGCGCACACACCUGUCGUCCAUGAUGCUCGAUAUUCUAACAGCUCGACCUGAGCUGAGCAAGACCUCAACUGGCAGUUUUGAGAAGCCUUUGCCCGUGCGGCCGACGUCCACGUAUGGCGAGGACCAGGCCUACUCGGAUCUCGCUAGGAUGAUAUCCAGUCCCGAUUCUGGAUCUGGGCCACUGGGGCUUGAUUCUUUCAGCCUUAGUUCUAUGUCUCUCGAGGAUACUGCCAGCAUACGGAGCGUAGACGAAGCUAGCUAUGUCUUCAUCCCUCCCGACCCUCGCGCUUAUUACAAAACUAUCCUUCAACAUGCCAUGACAUUCGACCAGGUGCAUGCUGACCCUUCAGUUCCGUAUACGCCGCUUUCUAAGCAGUCCGUUGACUUGCUCACCGAGUUGUGCGUUCAUUGGCGGAUCCCGCAGUUCACACGACAUGUAACAUUCUUGGAGGUUGCGGCGCGUAAGUUUCUGGAUCAAGAAACGACAGUUGAAGAUCUGAAUGCAGCCUUCGAAUUUGUGAAAGAGCCGCCACCAGAACCGAAGAAGGCGCCGUACAUUCAGCACCACCACGCCGCAAUGCAGGAAAUUGAGACUGCUCGCUGGACCAUGGUUGACUUCACCGUCUAUCAGCAGACGUUGAGUAAUCUUAACGAAGCCUUGCUUCGAGACCUCUACGAUUUGCUCUUACGCUGCUAUGAGCCCAAGCCGCCAUCGGUGGGUGUGGUCAUGUUCGUCCUCAUGAACCACAUAUACGACGAUCCUUCCUUUUCUCGAAAGCCCGAGGACGAGGAGGCUUUCGCGGAACUUCUUGCAGAAGGGCUUAGGCAGCAAGCUGCAAAUGUUUAUCGUGAAUAUCUGGAUCGUGAAAUUCCUAGCAGCCAAGAAGAAUGGGACUUCAGCCACGUCGUGAAGCUCGGAAAGGCGGCUGUUGCGCUCUGUCAGAAGAUAAAAAACCGAUAUCGAAAGAACCCGGAAAUCAUGGGCGUCAGUCCUUUUGCCGUUCUGGUUCAAACUAUGUUCCCGAACUUCGAAAAAGAUGCCAACGUCAUCAUUGAUCGCAUUGUCGCGGUUGCUAAGGAACGCGACAUGGAGAUUGAUCUUCAGGACGGGUUUGAUCUGUACAAAGAACUAGUCGAGAUACGCAAGAUCCAUGUCGAGUCCCUUCCCGGGAUACCUUUCGCAUUCCACAUCGAGAGCGUCUUGGACGAAUUUGUGUGGCGCUGGAUCAACAAUGCCGAAACCAGGAUGGAAGAAUUCGUCGAGCAAGCUAUCAAGCAGGAUCAAUUUCAGGUCCGCACCAACGGUCCCGACGCCGUCCCUUCAGAUGCAGACCGUCACAGUGUGUCCAUCAUCGACAUGUUUCAACUUUUCAAUCAGACAGUCGACCAGGUGUUCCAGCUAGAGUGGGACGAUGAUGUACACCAUGCCAAGUUCAUGACCGCCCUGGCUAAAGCCUUCGCAUCAGGGAUUGGGCGGUACUGCGAAAUUGUUGAGCAGAGGUUUGCGAAAGAAAUGGACCGCCAGACGGCACAGGAGUUGGCUGCUGCUCAGAAAACAACGCAGGAACGCUUUAUGCAGAUGGCGAAAGACGCUUGGAAUGCCAAAGAAAGGAUUGAGCCUUUCCAAUUCUACGCAGAGUCUUUUGUGAAACUCAACAAUAUCGAAUAUGCCAUGCAAGCGCUAGAUAAGUUGGAGAAAUCCAUGAACGUUGAGCAAUGCGCAGAGGUCUUGAAAAAGGCAGAGGGACCGAAAGAACAAAUUCGCCGACCAAAUAAGUAUGUGUUCACGAUCAAGAUCGUAGAAGCGGAAGAUAUCAAGGCCUGCGACCCCAACGGGUUCAGCGAUCCCUACGUGGUCCUCGUCGAUGAGUAUCAAAAACGCUUAGCGAAGACCCGGAUUAUUCCCAAGUCUCUAAAUCCUCGUUGGGAUGAGUCCGUCGAUAUUACUGUCCAAGGCCCAGUCAACGUCAUUGCGACGAUCUGGGACUACGACACCUUUGGAGAUCACGAUUUUGUCGGACGAACUUCACUGAAGCUUGAUCCUCUUCACUUUAGUGAUUAUCUACCGCGGGAAUUCUGGCUGGAUCUCGACACCCAGGGCAGACUGCUGCUGAGGGUCAGUAUGGAAGGCGAGAAGGAUGACAUCCAAUUUCACUUUGGCAAGGCCUUCAGACAUCUGAAGAGGACGGAGCGAGACAUGGUGCGGAAAAUUACAGACAAGCUUACUUCGCAUAUCAAUGCGUCACUAUCCCAUGAGGCGCUGAAGAGUUUGCUCAGUCGCGGCAUUGCGGCAUCCAUUGGGAAUAUGUGGAAGGGCCGUAAAGCCGCUCCACCACCCUUGACGCAAGCCGACAUCGAGAAUGCGCUCCAGGCGCUCUUCACUUAUUUCGAUGAGAACUUCGCCAUCAUGAAGCAAACACUGACAGACGCGACCAUGCUGGCGGUUAUGACUCGUCUCUGGAAAGAGGUAUUGAUGGCUAUUGAAAACCUCUUAGUGCCGCCACUUUCAGAGAAGCCAUCAUCUCAAAAACCCCUCACCCAAGCCGAGCUCGAUGUUGUGUACAGGUGGCUCCAACUAUUGUUCGACUUCUUCAAUGCCAAAGACGACCAUGGCGAAGUGCUAGGCGUUCCAGCGGACAUUCUCAAGUCUCCUAAGUGGCACGAGCUGGCGUCGCUGAACUUCUUCUACUUCGACUCCACCGAUAACCUCAUCCGCACCUCAGAGCGCAUGGUCGCGGCCACGCAGCAGCGCGCUCAGCAGCAGUACCAGGCGGCAACGGCGCCCGCGCAGAAUAACAGACUGUCGGCACCGCCGACGUUUGGCGGGACGUUCCACGGAACAGGGGGCUUUGGCAGCAUGGGCACGAUCCGCCGAGGCAAGAGCAUCAUGAUGAGCCGGAACCUGGUGGCGAUGCGGCAGGCCAAGGAGGAGAAGCGCAAGGAGAUCCAGGCCGACCCCUCGGACGACAUGAUUCUGCGCAUCCUGCGCAUGAGGCCCGAGGCAGCCGGCUACCUCAAGGAGCGGCACCGCCAGAAGGAGAGGAUGGCGGCCAGCCAGGCGGCCGCCAUGAUUGUGCGCCAGAGCAUCCACCAGGGGUGGAGCGGCGGCGGUUUUGGUGGCAUUGGAGGCGCGAAUGCAUUCGGGAGGAAUCACUUGCCUCGGAGGUGA